CACUAAUACCCCAAUAUCAUUCAUAUUCAUGUCAACAACGUAGAGAGUAGAAGAGAAAAUCAAAUCUAAAAGUGGAUCCAAGAAGGUAUGGAAAGUUGCCACUAUCUUCACAAACAUCAGAGGCUAAAGAGAAAGAGGAGUAUGCAUUAGUAAAUAAUGAGUUUGAUGCUUAUAAUUAUUAUGCAUCUAAUUCUAAUUGGUGUCCAGACACUGAUUUGUCUACCAUGGUUUCUGCUCUCUCUCAAGUCAUUGGAACAUCAUCUACCAAUCAUAAUAACCCACACAUGGCACAAUCAACCUCAACUACUAUGGUCAAUGAAGAUUCUCAACAACCUCAACCUCUUAUAGAUCAAGAGACCAAAAAGAAACCACACUAUAGAGGAGUGAGACAAAGACCAUGGGGAAAAUGGGCAGCUGAAAUACGUGACCCAAAAAAAGCAGCUAGAGUUUGGUUAGGAACAUUUGACACAGCUGAAGAUGCAGCUCUUGCAUAUGACAAAGCUGCAUUCAAAUUCAAAGGCACAAAAGCUAAGCUUAAUUUCCCUGAAAGAGUUGUUCAAUGCAACAGUUAUAGUUCUAGUGCUAAUAGUGCAAUUCAACAAAGUGGUUCUGUUUCUAAUUCUCAUGAUCAACAAGUUUUCCCAAACUUGUUUCAGUAUGCUCAGAUUCUAGAAAGUGAUGCUGAAUUCCCUUAUUAUGCUUCUCAUCUUUUCAAUCAACAACAAGAAGGAGAUCCUCACCCACCGGACGAGUAAAAUCUAGUGAUUUCCUGCCAUCAGGAAAUCACACAUUCACGUAGUUGAGAUAUACAAUCAACAUUGAACGGUAAAAAAAAAUACAGCUUGUAGUUUUAUAUUUCAAAAUACCAAGUUUGAAUAUAAACCGGUCAAUCUUGAUCAUCGAAUGGUCACGAUGUGGCGACUUGUAAAUGUCGGAAAUCCCUGCAUGGUAGUGCAUGGUAGCCGGAUCCAGAAUAUUUAUGUCAAUUUUGUUCAAGAAACUAGAGUCAAGGAUUAAUGUGUCUUAUGAAAAUGGAUUAUUGGAAAAUUGUUUCAAAUUUAAAUUGUGUAUUAUUCGGAUCA